GGCUUCCGUAGUCAUCACACUGGUGACGAAAGGUCUCUUGAAAACAGUAGCAGUAGCUAAUGCCAGUAUUCAGUCAAAAGCUACAUCUCAAUAUAUUUUAGUCAGUGGUAUCUUCAGAAUUAGUGUAAUAUUUUGAGAGAACCACUGUAUAGCAGAGCUGCCACUGGACCAGAUGGCUGCAAAAAUCAACGAGGCGCACGACCACAUAGCCAAGGCUGAAAAAUAUUUGAAGACUAGUUUCAUGAAAUGGAAGCCUGACUAUGACAGUGCUGCAUCAGAGUACUCUAAAGCAGCUGUUGCCUUUAAAAAUUCCAAGAUGUUUGAAGAGGCGAAGGAUGCGUACCUGCAAGAGGCAGAGGCACAUACCAACAACAAAACACUAUUCCAUGCUGCCAAAGCACUUGAGGCAGCAGGUAUGAUGCUCAAGGACAUGCAGAGGCUGCCAGAGGCAAUACAGUACAUUGAGAGAGCAAGCAUGAUGUAUGUAGAAAAUGGCACACCAGACACAGCAGCCUUGGCCCUCGACAGAGCUGGAAAGCUAAUCGAAUCACAGGAUCUAGCAAAAGCAGUGGAUCUGUACCAGAAAGCUGCAUCCGUGUUUGAGAACGAGGAUCGUCUACGCCAAGCUGUGCAGAUGGUGGGAAAAUCGUCAAGACUCCUCGUUAGACAACACAAGCUUGACGAAGCAGCAGCCUCCAUUCAGAAGGAGAAGAACAUGUAUAAAGAAAUAGAAAAUUACCCAACUUGUUUUAAGAAAACCAUUGCCCAAGUGCUGGUCCACCUCCACCGAAAUGACUUUGUAGCAGCUGACAAAUGUGUUCGAGAGAGUUACAGCCUGCCAGGGUUCAGUGGGAGUGAGGACUGCAUUGCUCUGGAGCAGCUCCUGCAGGGAUAUGACGAGCAGGAUCAGGACCAAGUGUCCCGUGUCUGUAACUCGCCCUUGUUCAAGUACAUGGAUAAUGACUAUGCCAAGUUGUCCAUCAGCCUGAGGGUUCCAGGCGGUGGUAAGAAGAAGCUCCUGGCUGCGGCUGCUGAGACCGGGGAAGCGGGAGCAGCGGCCACAGAUGCUGAUGAGGAUGAGUAUGCUGGUGGGCUAUGUUAGCCCCAGAGCCUAGACUUCCUGUCUGGACCAGAGCACUUCCUGUUCUUAGGGAAAUCGGAAUCUUCCACAGCUUGCCCUAUUCUAAGCAUGUCAGGGGGACUUGAACUUUGCCGUCCAUUGCCGGGGAAACAAAUAUGGGGACUUGGACCCUCAAGCUUAGCAACAAGUUAUCUUCAUAAUAUUAAGCAUGAUUAUACAACUGUGGAAGGAUUCAAGCACUACUCAAUCAUUUUGAAUAUAUUAUUUGAGGAUUUUACUGCGAUUGUAAAAUUUAUAUUUUGCUACACUUAAAGUAAUAUGAUACCUUUGAUUUUGAAUGUCGAUAUCGGUUUGAGAAUGCUUUUGAUUAUUUUACACCCCAGUAGAUGGAUCUUCAAUAUAUUUAUUCUAUCUGUAACAGUAUGCUACAAGAUACCAUGUGUGAAUAUUGAUUUGCACAUUCAACUCACAAUAUCAAACUCUGUGCCUCAGUGAUGUGUAAAGGGUUGGAUGAGUGUUUUUAAAUUUGAAAUAUUUAGUGUUGAAAGCGGCUAUUUCUGUUGCUAUUGUGUGAAGGCUAUACUUUUGUUGACUGAACUAUGUGGAGAAACUGAUAUUAUAGGUUAUCAGUUUAUUGGAAUAGUACCUUUGUUUCAUAAGGGUUUCUGAAUGCCUUUCCAGUUUUCUUAUAAAUCUGUACUUUUGAACUGCAAGAAAUUAUGAUUCCAAGGGCUCUGUGGUGGAAAAGCAGUUCUAAGUGCUUUUUUUUUAGUACCAAUCUGUCCACAACAGUCUAGGUUUGAACCUUGACUGUGCGACUGGUUGACGUGGCUGGGAGCUUCAUGGGCAAUGUGUAUUGGUCAACCAUUGCACAGGAUUUGGUUGGGGGUGGGAUCUUGGGAUUUCCAUGCUCAGCGACUCCCUCAGGCUGACUGGGAACCAGCAAAAGAUAACGGAGGUUGUCAAUGGAGUGUGUCGCUGAUCGAUCCGAUUUCCUAGUUGGACCUGCAGUGUGGGGGGACAAAAAUAGUACAUUGCUUGGCGUGGAUUCCUAGGAGAAAGAAGUACUGUAAUCAUCAACUCCCCAGAGUCCAUUGGAAGUUGCUGCGAUGCCAUGCGGUCAUGGGUACAAUUUGGGUGUCACAACAUGAAGACAUCAAUGGUUCCAGUCACCAACUCAAAAAUGUGUGCAAGUCUUGUGGAGCAUGCCAACUGGAUGUUUAUGGCAUGCCCUCUGUUUCAAUGAAUCAAGUCACAAAAUAAAAUGGCAGCACGUCA